AUGAAAAUCCGAAAAAGAGAAAAAAAACCGUUAUACCCUUUCUUUCAAACUUUCCUCGCAACAUGUUUCAAGGGUCCCCCUCCCCCAAAAAAACGCAAUAGAAAAAAGCUUGGACACGUGCACAUUGAUCACCGUGGUGUCCCUCCUCCGCACGCCUCAAGGGACCCUGGAAUGUAA